GCGUGUGUGUUCGUUAUGUCCAGCACCAGUGGUGUGCUUGUGAAUUUUGUCUCACGUGCAUACUUGUGGUUGUUGAGUUUGUGCCAAUGUGCAUGUCUCCUCUCUUACCUUCCUCCUGCACUUGGUUCCAGCGCUAAGAUUUGGACGUCCUAUUCUCUGCAUGGAAAAGACUCAACGGACGCGACACGCCAUCUCAUCCACAAGCAAUGGCAUCAGUGGUGAAUAUUCUGCCGGCUGCCCUCCUGGGGUCAAUUCUGUCUGCUGUACUGGGCUCACUGCAGAUUGGCUACCACACCGGCAACGUCAACGCCCCUGCCAUGGUCAUCCAGGAGUUCUUCAACAGCACAUGGAGGGCCAGGUACAACGUGUCGAUGCCUGACCAGAAACUGACAUUACUGUGGUCGGUGUCUGUCAGCAUCAAGGACUUCGGUGCUCUGCUUGGGGCACUGUGUUUCAAAUACAUGGUAGACUCUUUCGGCAGGCGUAACUCCAUCCUCAUAGCGAACGGGCUGUCUGUAGUGGGGGCGUUGUUGAUGUCCUUGUCCAAGUUGGCAAAGUCCUUCGAGGUGCUCAUCGUGGGCCGGCUGGUGUUCGGAGUGUUCUGUGGGCUGGUCAUGAGCAUGAACCCCCUGUAUGUCCAGGAGGUAUCCCCCACCAACCUGAGAGGAGCCUUUGCCACCCUCAACCAGGUGGCCUACACCUUAGGAAUCCUCAUUGGGAUGGUGGUGGGUCUAGAGACGGCCCUGGGCACCUGGGACCGAUGGGACCUGAUGCUGUGCCUGUCCCUGAUCCCAGCCCUGCUGCAGUACCUGCUGCUGCCCUUCUGUCCUGAGAGCCCCCGCUACCUGCUGCUCACGAGAGGCCAGGAGGCCAAGGCUGAGUCCGCCCUGUUGAGACUGAGGGGCAAUCCAGACAUGGUGCGGAAGGAGCUGGAGGAGAUGAAGGAGAGGGAAACCAACACCAAGGCCAGCAUAAGCAUCCAGCAGUUCUUCACCAAGGCCUCCUACCAGCAGCCUAUCCUAUUGGUGGUGAUGAUUGCCCUGGGCAGCCAGCUGUCGGGCUUCAACGCCAUGAUCAAUUACUCCACCAAGAUGUUUGAGGAUGCCUUCAGUGAAGCCAAAUACCUGACGCUGGGUGUGGGCGCUGCGAACCUGACCUUCUCUGUGGUGGCAUUCUUCCUGAUGGAGAAGGCUGGGCGGAGGAAGCUGCUGCUAACGGGGUUCCUAAUCAUCUUAGUGUGCAACCUGCUCCUGUCCAUCGUGGACGGCCUACAGACCCUGGUGCCGCAACUUCAGUUCCUGCAGGUAGUUGCGGUGUUCUGUCUGGUCGCUGCUUACGAGCUAGGUCCCGGACCCAUCUCAUGGUUCAUCGCCGCCGAGCUGUUUGACCAGCAGGCCCGGCCUAUCGCCAUGGCUUUUACCAGCAUGUUAAACUGGGGAGGGAAGUUCCUUCUCGCCCUCAUCUACCCCCCGUUACUGGAUGUGUUGGGCGGCUACGUCUACCUGCUCUUCAUGGCCAUAGCUCUAGUUUCCCUCUGCGUCACCUGGUUCCGGAUGCCGGAGACCAGGGGCCGCAGCUUUGACGACAUUGCUGAGGAGUUCCGCGGGGCAGAGGGAAUUCUCAUGCAGAACAAGAGUCACUUCAACACUUUUUAAUGACCCAGGGAACUGUAAUGUAUUCUUUGGUCUCAGACCUUAUCUCUGCUAACUUAGUUACGUGUGGUCUAGUUAAAUGUUGUUACGUGUUGAGAGAUGUAAUAUUGGACACUGAAGGAGUUAGUCUAAUAAGCGUUUCAAAUGGAGACGGGAAUCCAUAAUUUUAUAUGCACCUCUACUUUAAAAUGCUGCUCUUCCUCAGGGAUGUUUUUUUUGCUCUUUUUUAUCCUCAUUGCAUGCGGAUUGAUUUUAUGCCAGGAUAAGACUAGAUUUAGUAACAAUUAAGUACCUUCAAAACUUGACUGGUUUUCUAACGGUGUACACAAACCUCAUGGGAUACCCAGUUUUUAAAUGGUUCAGCUGUAACUCACUGCAAUCCGUUUCAAAAAAAUCUUCAUAAACUACAACGCCUUAUAGGAAUUACGUUUAGAACCAAGAUGGCCACUAGAUGAACCUGAGUUUUUGCCGUUCAGGGAACAUCCUUGAUUUUAUUACCUCAACUGCCUUAAAUAUCCACACAAAGUACCUAAGGGUUAAGAGUUCAACUUGAAUACCUUAGAAUAACGUCAUAAGUUUGCUACACCUCAACUAAAACCGAAAAGAUUUCAGUGUAUUCACUCUUUACCAUGCAUUUUUAAUAGGUUAUUCAUAGGUUAACAUCCUGGGGUUUUCUCAAGUUUUACCAUUACGGGGUUAUUUCAAAAUAAAAUAAAUAAUUUUAAUGAAAGAAUAAAAACAUUAAAUAGUUAAUGUGAAAGAACUAGGCCUGUCACUUUUGAGGAAUCAAGCUCCAACGGAUAUCGAAUAUCAAGCAUGUAUUCGAAUAUAUUCGGAUAUCACGUAAAAAGAAAACACGUAACGGAGAUUCAAGAUUCAGGACUUUAUCAACUUAAUCAAUGUCAAGUGCCAGUAUGCAUGCACAGCGCAAACAAUGAUGCGACAACUAAAACAGGAGACAGAUGUCUAUAGCUAGUAGUAGAUAGUCUAUCUGCAAGAAAUUAAUUUCUUAAGGUUGUUUGCUAGGAACACCAGUCUAUCAACUUCAUCUGGAUCAAGUGCGGCUUUAUUUUUAUUCGCAAUUUACCGGCGGUGGAGAACACGCGUUCGGAGCACACAGACGUGCCUGACACCCACACAGGUAUUUGCGCACCCGUUACUGCCAUGAGAUGGCAAACAUUUAAAUAAAAACCAAAUGGUCUAAUCCAGUGCUUCUCAAAUGGUGGAGCGCGCCUCCCAGUCAGGGGGGGCACGAGCGGCAGAGGGGACUUAAGGUACGGCCACACUGAACGCAUUACGCGAGUCAGAGUCAUAGAAAAUCUGCAUUUUUGCAAAGGGAACCAUUGGUUUUGGCGCGUAGAUGCGUCAGAAUCCUGACGGGAGAUCCUGGCACCAACCCGGGCUAGCCGGUCAUCGAAUAGGGCCCCAGUCAACUGAAAAUACAGCUGAAACCGGCCGUCAUCCAGGCGGAGUUCCUGGAGGAGGUGGUGAAACUCACCCAGCUGUGAGUGCCUACGGAGGAUGUCAUGCAUCCAAACACAACAGCGUUUGGGUUUCCUACUCUCCUCGAACUCCCACAGCAAAAUACAGCGCAGCGAUGGUGGUGAUCUCAGACAUGUUUUUGGAGCAAAAGAAAAGUAGCGGGGGAAAAAGGUUUUGGCCGAGCUCAUCUAGCAUCGUUGGCGCGUUUAACCAUUUUUGUGUCUUAUUUUAUUAUUUUAAUAAGUUACUUAUUUUAUUUUAUUUGAAUUCUAAAUAAACCCAAUACCAAGGGUCAGAAGUUUUACUAGAAUUUUCAUUUUACAAAGUCAUGACAGAGGGACUUUGUGUCUUUAUUCAUGCUUGAAAGAUGAACAUAUAUAUAUAUACAUAUUUUUGAAAGGGAAUAAGCUGAUGAAGCUGACAAGUGACCAAUGUUUACUGUUUAAAAAUAUUUUGAAUUAAUUGCAAACCCCAGUGAAUCAUUUGCUCUUGUUUCUUUCUGUCUUGAGAUUCACACAGACUUAGCAGUCUUGUUUAAAUGUUACAAAUCGAGUUAAUAAACUAAACUUGGAAAUUAUUUUAAGUUGUUGCCGAUGUUAUCUCAGCUAAUUUAAUUAAUCUAUUUUGAUAAUAAGGUGAUUGUAUGAAGAAUGCUGGUGCCAGCAACUCAUACAGUGGUUUUCUACAGAUAGAUAAAUAAAUAUUAGCAGGUUCUCAAUAAUAUUUCAAAAAAAAUUCUAGCUCCUAGGGGGGGAAUGACAGAAAUAAUUGAGAACCACUGGUCUAAUCAUAGACUGUAAAAAAUGGGCUACAUAACAUGCCACUUUGAAAAAGAUUUCACGUCAAA